AUGGAACAAAUAGCCCUCGUCUUCGUCAGUCCAAAAUGUCUGGAAGUCUAUGCCUCAGAAAACGACUUUUUAAACCCGGAGUGUGCCAAGCAAAUUGUUAGCAAGCUUGUCAGUUACUUCAUCAUGACAUUUUCAAUAUUCGUUAAGCUGCCUCAGAUAGUGAAGGUGUACAAAGCUCAAAGUGGUGAAGGGUUGAACAACAUGUCUCUACUCAUAGAAACAACGGGUUUCAUGGGUCAUUUCACAUAUUGCUACGUAUCAAGUUACCCUUUCAGUAUCUACGGUGACGCAAUUUGCAGUUUUCUGCAAACUUUGCUCAUUUUCUACAUGAAGCUAGAUUUUUCCGGACAGCGAAUUAAAGCUGUAUCUUGGUUUGUGUUCUACAUAUCAGCUGCUAUGUUCUUGUGCUCUGGGACACUUAGUUUACAAGCUAUACGGUACUUCAACCAUUUCGGAUUUUCAAUCAUGGGGUUUGGGGGAUUGUCGCAGAUUUUCACUAACUUCAGAACAAAGUCGACAGGUCAAAUCUCGGCGGUGUCAAUGAUGAUGGCGUUCACAAUCUGUUUCUUGCGAGUGCUUACUGUCUUGCAAGAGUCGAACGAUAAAGGUCUGGCAGUUGGAGCUGGUUUGGCUUGUGUAAUAAUUGGAGUGAUAAUUAUGCAGAUUAAACUGUACGAGAAGCCAAAAGAAAAAGUCGAAAAGAAGAAACUGUAG